AUGAACUUCUUCAAGCGGAAAUUCUCGUUUCACGAGGAUGAGGGAUUUGAGACUGGGUUAGAAGAUCCGUCCCCUUCACAGCCGCCGUCCGCCUUUUCAUUUCAAGCAAUUGCCAACAAAGUGUCGAAUACAAUCAGCGCUCCAACGUCACCAGCCAGGACGCAGGAAUCGUUGGCGGCCGCGGUGGAGCGAUCGUUAGCUGGGGAGUCCAGGGCGCCCCAGCGUUUACCCCCGGAUGCCUGUGUUCUACUCGUUAUUGAUGGCCCUUUGGUGGAUUGGAGUAAAUACUUCCGAAAUCAGUCUGAUUGUCCGAUCCGAGUCGAACAGUCCGAUUUUGAUGAGCUCGAUAUACAAGGCACCGAGCAUACCGCGUUAAUAGAACUGAAGCAUGGUGGACAAAUUAGGAGCUUUUGCCCCAGUGCCGUCUUCAUAGGACCAACUGCGUCUCGGCCACUGGCACAGUCGUCGCAACGGAUCAUUCGGGCUUUGCUGGCAGCAAAAAUACCAUUCCUCAACUCUAAUCGAGCCACACUGGCCUUUAUGGACAAAUGUAACUUGAAAAAAGAAUUGCGACGCGCUACCCUUUCCGACGGGUCACGGAUUCCAUUAUUACCAUCCACUCAUUACCCCGUCUUUAAAAGAUUUCACCCGUCAACCACGUUUCCGGCCGUAGUUCUGGUCAACGGAGGCCGCUCGGGUAUUGGAAAGGCCAAAAUCGAGAACGCGGAGCUGCUUGGGGACCUCGAGGAGGUGAUUAGGGCCAUGGGACCCGACGUUGAAGUUGAAGUGGAGCCGUUUGUCGACAUAAAAUACGACAUUCACGUGCAAAAAAUUGGGAAGGAUUUUAAGACAUUUAUCCGACGUGGCAUAUCCGGCCAUUGGAAGAGCAACGUGGGCUCCUCGGUAUUGGAGCAAACGCAGACGUCAGAAAGGCAUAAAGAAUGGCUGCGGUCGAUUUGCUCGAUCGUGGGCGAGAUGCACUUGUUGUCGGUGGAUAUCCUGAUGUCACGCGAGGGCCGAGAAUUUGUGUACGGGAUCAAUGAUCACUUGUCGUACUACGGGGAAUCGCAAGAGGAUGACCGUAGGGCGGUGACGACGCUGCUGGGCAGGUUGAUGGCUCCGCAUGGACAAAUGCCGAGGCUCUUUUCACGUGAGUUCACCCCGGGAGAUUUUACCCCGUCGUCGUCAACAAUGUCGUCGCCGCCAGCGCGAACUAUGUCCCCCACGUCGUCGGUUGGCCAAACCCCCACCCUGCAGGAAAAUGGGUUCCCACAAGUGGGCCGACAGGCGCCGUUCAAUCCACCACCCCCGGCUCGUCCGGCAAUGAAUGGACACGCGGAGAAGGCGCCGGUGUUGAACGGCCCGCCACCGCCUCCACCACGUGGAAUGCCGGCCAUAGUCCCUCGAAAUCAGCCCGAACAAGGGACCCUCGUGCGCAGCGAAAAACGUCGUGACUCCGAUCGCAACGACCCAAUGACAAUGUCCGUCGACCGCGAAUCCCAUUCGUUUGCCGAAGACACGAUGGGCCAGCUGAAGCGCACGUUUGCCGGAAUUUUCGGAGACGUCUCA